AUGGCCAUUGUCGAGCAACCCUCUCUUCCUGGAGAGGACAAUUUGGUCAACCCCGACCAUGCCCCAGCUCCAGCAGCAGAGCUGCAGUCCGCCACACCUAACGUCACCAACGAUCUCUCCAACAACAUGACCAACGGUGUCUCUGACAACGCGUCCAACGAUCUGACCAGCAAUCUAUCCCACAAUCUCUCCAACACCGGAAUCUCGACUAGAAAGUCUAGUGGUCACUCCGAGCCUACGUCUCCAGGGAAGCCAAAUGAGCUAUCAAAUGUCAAGCAACCAAUCAUCGUUCCCAGCGAAACCAAGAGAUGUACCAACUGUGCCAAGUUGAACGCGAGGGCCCAUUGUGCCGGCUGUCACCAAGCACCCAACAUGGAUGGCACUCCCCGAACCGAUGUGCGCUAUUGCAGCAAACAGUGCCAAAAGACUCAUUGGUCUGCGCAUCGCAUCGAAUGCACAAACUUGCAGGCGAGGAAGGCGUUGUUCAGAGCUGCUUGGCUUCUGCAAAAGAUUUGGUACGCGGUACGCAGGGAGUCUUUUGAUAACUGUGUGGUGAAGGCUGAGGAAGUUGACGGAGAGCUGUUAAUUCAUGAGGGUGACUACAGUCUUGAGCCGACCAAAAGGGAUCUUGGCUUUUACCGCGAGUUUCCAGACGCCAUCUUUAAGGACAAGCAGGAUGCAGAUACUUGCCUCAAUCUACUAUACUGCACUGACUCGCUGAGUCAUAUGUACAUGGUGAGCUCCUGGUUACUCAAAGGCAUCUGCGCAGACAUCAAGGAAAUAAAAGUCAAAGUCGUCAGGGCUGCCCGCAACGCCCGUUACACGGGCCACGAAUGGAACAGGGACUGGCUCCAUGAGGUUCUUCGCGUGUGCCUGCAGUCUGGAGAGACUUAUGCUGUGGAUCUGACCGGGGCGCAAUACGGCUGGUUCAAACCGAUCACCGACUGGGAGAGGUUCGGUGUACACUGCACAGAAACCAUUCCAGUUGCGCCAUUUGGCUUUGAGGGCCAGGAUCAGCUUGGCUCCACAGCUCAAUCUCUGCUCGUCUCGGCAUUCUUGCAACCUUGGGACAAUCGUUCCGACUUGCAGCGUGCGAUCCCUAUGUUCAACGAAUGUCUCAAGCGGGAGUUCAACAAGUCGUUCGUGGGAAAGAUCGUAAGCAAAUACCCUCGGGGCUCUGACAUACUCAAGCUGUCUGGUCCAGCGUUCGAGAUCGUACAGAACGACAUCCUCUCGGAGAUUCAACAGAUCACCAAUGAUGCAGCAGAGAAGGUCGACGCCCUCCUGGACGUCAUCAUCAGCGAAGCACGGAUUUGCAACAAGGCAAUGCGCGAUGGGCCCAAUGUUGGCACAGGCGAGAUGCUAAAGUAUGGCUUGACCAAACUGGCUGCACUCUUCAACGGUGAGUGGUCGAGAGACGGCGUGACAGGUCGUCUGAGUUCAGUCUCCCUCAAGCGAUUCAUGGAGGAUGAAUGUUAUGCCGAGAAGUACAUGGACGGCGUUCUGCCAGAGCAAAAGCUUUGGGGAGACUUGACGCUGGCAAAGAUUGUAAGACGUGCCUGA